GGAAAUGCAUAGGUUCCAAACUAUGAAGAGGCUAACCUGCCCAAGGACCAAGUUCACAACUGGGUCUCCAUACCCUCCUUAGAUCCCGAAGCUGGGACAACUGCAGAAAGCAGAGUAGACCUGGAAGAACUCAAAUUCCCAGCAAGUAGUUUUCAGCAUGGAAGCCAGUGAAUUCCGGAGGAGAGGGAAGGAGAUGGUGGAUUAUAUAGCCGACUAUCUAGAAGGUGUUGAGGGACGUCAGGUCUACCCUGAUGUGAAGCCUGGCUACCUUCGGCCCCUGAUCCCCAGCACUGCCCCCCAGGAACCAGAAAGAUUUGAGGACAUCAUCAAUGACAUUGAGAAGAUAAUCAUGCCAGGGGUGACCCACUGGCACAGUCCUUAUUUCUUCGCCUACUUCCCCACAGCGAGCUCAUAUCCUUCCAUGCUUGCAGACAUGCUGUGUGGGGCCAUCGGAUGCGUUGGCUUCUCCUGGGCUGCCAGCCCAGCAUGCACAGAGCUAGAGACAGUGAUGAUGGACUGGCUGGGGAAGAUGCUGGAGCUGCCAGAGGCAUUUCUGGCUGGAAAAGCCAGCCAAGGAGGAGGAGUGAUCCAGGGAAGUGCCAGUGAAGCCACCUUGGUGGCCCUGCUGGCUGCUCGGUCGAAAGUAACUCACCAGCUGCAGGCAACCUCCCCAGAACUGACACAAGGUGCCAUCAUGGAAAAGCUGGUGGCUUACUCAUCCGACCAGGCACACUCCUCUGUGGAAAGAGCUGCAUUAAUUGGUGGUGUGAAAUUAAAAGCAAUUCCUUCAGAUGGCAACUUCUCCAUGCGAGCUUCUGCCCUGCGGGAGGCCAUGGAACAAGACAAGGCAGCUGGCCUGAUUCCAUUCUUUGUGGUUGCUACACUGGGGACCACAUCUUGCUGCUCUUUUGACAGUCUCUUAGAAGUGGGUCCCAUCUGCAACCAGGAGGGCAUGUGGCUGCACAUUGAUGCCGCAUAUGCAGGCAGUGCCUUUAUCUGCCCUGAGUUCCGCUAUCUUCUGAAUGGUGUAGAGUUUGCAGAUUCAUUCAACUUUAAUCCCCACAAGUGGCUUUUGGUGAAUUUUGACUGCUCUACCAUGUGGGUGAAAAAGAGAACUGACUUGACUGAAGCCUUUAAGACGGACCCUGUUUAUCUGAAGCACAGCCAUCAGGACUCAGGACUUAUCACUGAUUACAGGCACUGGCAGAUCCCACUGGGUCGGAGAUUCCGCUCUUUGAAAAUGUGGUUUGUUUUUAGAAUGUAUGGAGUCAAGGGACUACAGGCUCAUAUCCGCAAGCAUGUGCAGCUGUCUCAUGAGUUUGAGUCUCUAGUAUGCCAGGACCCUCGCUUUGAGAUCUGCGCAGAAGUCAUUCUUGGGCUGGUCUGCUUUCGGCUAAAGGGUUCCAACCAGCUGAAUGAAGCUCUUUUAGAAAAAAUAAACAGCACCAAAAAAAUCCACUUGGUUCCUUGUUGCCUCCAAGACAAAUUUGUGCUGCGUUUUGUCCUGUGCUCUCGAACUGUGGAGUCUGCCCACGUGCAGCAAGCCUGGCAGCACAUAAGAGAGCUGGCGGACAGCCUCCUGAGGGCAGAGAAGGAGUCAGAGCUGCUACAGAUGAAAAGUUGAAAGGAAGUAUACCUGAAAACUGGAAUAUGGGGAAAAAAUAAACAUCACCCUGUCUUCGUGAAACUAAAGCUGUACGUGACCUCAUGUGUUUGUCUCCAAAGUUAAUCAGAAACUUAUGAUAGUCUUUUCAUUAUUUGGCUGUGAUUUUUGUUGACAGUAAAUCAGAUUAUUUUCAUGUUCGCAAAGCUGUUGUGGUGGCAGGAAAGGCUUAUUGAAAUAUUUCCCUUGGCAGUCUAUGGUGAGAGCUUGAGAUUGUAUCUAUGGCCUUUAACUUGUCCUCUGUUGUGAAGCUAAACACUUAAUAAACAAUUGAUGUGCAAUGCUAA